UGUUUUCUGAUAGAGAUAUCAUGCAAUUUCCAUUCCAAAGCGUAGCCGCCAAAUUUAUUUCUACUCGUCGAACACCCAAAAUAAAAGAACAAUACCAAGCUAUCGGUGGCGGUUCACCCAUCUUGUACUGGACGCGUAAACAAGGUGAGGCUAUGGAAAAGCUUUUGGAUACUAUUUCACCAGAGACAGGUAACUAUGCUCUUAAUAUCAAUUGGACAUUGUUUUAAAUGCUGGUAAUAGCACCUCAUAAGCAUUAUAUUGCGUUUCGUUAUGUUGAGCCUUUUACAAAAGAUGCAUUAGAGGAAAUGAAAAAGGAUAGAGUACAGAGAGCGAUCGUGUUCUCCCAAUACCCACAAUACUCAUGCUCUACCACAGGCAGCAGUCUGAAUGAGCUUCAUCGCCGUAUUAAAGAAUUGGGAAUGGAUAAGGAUAUCAAAUGGAGCAUCAUUGACAGAUGGCCAACACACCCCGGAUUUAUUGAUGCUACUGUUCACAAGAUUGAGCAAAAAUUGGCAGAAUAUGAACCAGAGGAACGAAAGGAUGCGAUCAUCAUGUUCUCUGCUCACUCACUUCCAAUGUCUGUCGUCAACAAGGGCGAUCCUUAUCCUGCCGAAGUGGCUGCUACCGUUGAUCGUGUCAUGUCCAAACUGGGUAACAAGUAUCCCUAUCGCCUCUGCUGGCAAUCUCAAGUUGGACCCAAAGCUUGGUUGGGCCCACAGACGUCAGAUGCACUGAAAGGGUUUGCAAAGGCGGGUAGAAAGAAUAUCGUGGUCGUCCCUAUCGCUUUCACAAGUGAUCAUAUCGAAACAUUAUUUGAACUUGAUCAAGAGUAUGCUAGUGAAGCAAAAGAGUUGGGAAUUACUGGCUGGAAACGAGUUGAUGCACUAAAUGAUGAACCUCUUUUUGUCAAGGCAAUGGCAAAUAUUGUAAAAGAACAUAUUGACAAGGGAGAAGUCGUAAGCAAGCAAUGGCCACUUCAAUGUCCAGGCUGUGAUUUUGAUACCUGUGGUCACUCGCGUGAUUUCUUUACAGAAGAAAAUAAAUAAACCUUAUGUGAUUCGCAUAUCAAAGACAAUUUGUAAGAUGUAAUUGGCUGACAACAUUUAUUCUUGCAUAUAAAGAUUAAUUUCCUUUUUUGCCAUGAACAUUUCUUUUUUCUUUUGUUCAUAAAUGAUUACAAAAGGACUUAUUUCAUCUUGUCGUAUUCUUAUACUUUAGAGGUAGACUGCUUUAUUCGACAGUAUCACAGUUACAUAAUCUAUCGUGAUACAGGGUGAAAGUAACCGCCACUUCGUCCUUGGCCGAAGCGGUGGCAUCGUCAAACUCUGAUGAACUCCUUGCCGCCGACAUUCUUUAUACGUUGA